GACGAUUCGCCGUCUAUCUUGCAGAUGGCGGAGCCGGACAGCGGGUACUACAGCUAGCCAAUAUCCGUUUUUAUUUCUAAAUUAAAACUAUUUAAAUACACCGUUUUCAGAGUAUUUCACCCACCUUCCUGUUUUAUUCUAUCCAGUUUUAACAUGAAUUUUUAAGCCUAUUUAAUGUGCGUGUUUUGUACAGUAUUUAUUUUGCCGCUAGUAGCCCGGUUAGCAUCUUUGUUGGAAGUUUAGGCCUACUGUGCCACCGCUUGUCGAUUUUAACAAUAGCCGCGAUACAGUCCCCUCCUCUCUGGUUGUUUUGAUACCAUUUGAAGGAUUAACUUUACUGCAAAAGAAGAAAGAACAUGGGAGAUAAGCUGGUUUUGGUAGCGUACGGCAACUGAGACGUUUGGUAUGUUGACGGAUUUUUAAUUUCGCUGGAAUUGAAGACAUUUUUGCGAGCUCCAUCACAAGAAAAAUUUGGAUCACAAAGGAAGAUGUCCAACGGCGCAGCAGGAAGCGGGGGUCUGGCUUGGUUGGAGGCUGCGAAUGGUAGGGGAGAUGCCGGCAGGAUGGAAGGAUCCAAGAAAGACAAGGCAGGUAAGCUGUCUGUGGAGCGUGUGUACCAGAAGAAGACCCAGUUGGAGCACAUCCUUCUCCGUCCAGACACGUACAUCGGCUCUGUGGAGCCCAUCACUCAGCAAAUGUGGGUUUUUGACGAAGACGUUGGAAUGAACCAGAGAGAAAUCACCUAUGUUCCUGGGCUGUACAAAAUCUUUGAUGAAAUUCUUGUCAAUGCAGCAGACAAUAAACAACGGGACAAGAACAUGACUGCCAUUAAGAUCACCAUAGACCCUGAAUCCAACACCAUUACCAUCUGGAACAACGGUAAAGGUAUCCCUGUGGUGGAGCAUAAGGAUGAGAAGAUGUAUGUCCCAGCUCUGAUUUUUGGCCACCUCCUAACCUCCAGCAACUAUGAUGAUGAUGAGAAAAAAGUCACAGGUGGAAGGAAUGGCUACGGUGCUAAACUCUGUAACAUCUUCAGUACCAAGUUCACAGUGGAAACUGCCUGCAAGGAAUACAGACACAGCUUCAAACAGACGUGGCAGAACAACAUGGGCAAGACUUCUGACCCCAAGAUCAAGUUCUUUGAUGGGGAUGAUUUCACUUGUGUGACGUUCCAGCCAGACCUGUCCAAGUUCAAGAUGGAGAAACUGGACAAGGAUAUUGUAGCACUUCUCACCCGCAGGGCAUAUGAUGUAGCUGGCUCCUGCAAGGGGGUGAAAGUCUCACUGAACGGGAAAAAAUUACCUGUGAAUAGCUUCCGCAGCUAUGUGGAUCUAUAUGUGAAGGACAAAGUGGAUGAGACUGGUGUGGCCCUGAAGGUAGUAAAUGAAACUGUGAAUGAGCGGUGGGAGGUUUGCCUCACCAUGAGCGAGAAAGGAUUCCAACAGAUCAGUUUUGUGAACAGCAUUGCCACCACCAAGGGUGGCAGACACAUUGACUAUGUCGUGGACCAGAUAGUGGCCAAACUGAUCGAAGUGGUGAAGAAGAAGAACAAAGCAGGAGUUUCAGUCAAGCCCUUCCAGGUGAAGAAUCACAUCUGGGUGUUUGUGAACGCACUGAUCGAAAACCCCUCAUUUGACUCCCAGACCAAGGAGAACAUGACGCUCCAGAUGAAGAGCUUUGGGUCCAAGUGCCUUCUGUCAGAGAAAUUCAUCAGGGCUGCAACCAACUGCGGCAUUGUGGAGAGUAUUCUCAACUGGGUGAAGUUCAAAGCUCAGACACAACUGAAUAAAAAGUGCUCAUCUGUGAAGCACAGCAAGAUCAAAGGCAUCCCCAAGCUCGAUGACGCCAACGAUGCUGGUGGCAAACACUCUUCUGAAUGCACACUCAUCCUCACUGAGGGAGACUCAGCCAAGUCUCUGGCCGUUUCUGGACUGGGAGUCAUCGGCCGUGAUCGAUACGGAGUGUUUCCGCUCAGAGGAAAAAUCCUAAAUGUGCGAGAGGCAACACAUAAGCAGAUCAUGGAAAAUGCCGAGAUCAACAACAUCAUCAAAAUCGUUGGGCUCCAGUACAAGAAGAGCUACGACGAUGCUGAGUCUCUGAGGAGCCUGCGUUAUGGCAAGAUCAUGAUCAUGACUGAUCAGGACCAGGACGGCUCCCAUAUUAAAGGUCUGCUCAUCAACUUCUUCCACCACAACUGGCCGUCCCUACUGAAACACACAUUCCUGGAGGAGUUUAUCACACCCAUUGUCAAAGUGACAAAGAACAAGCAGGAGCUGUCAUUCUACAGCAUUCCAGAGUUCGAUGAGUGGAAGAAACAGACAGAGAACUUUAAAACCUGGCAUAUAAAGUACUACAAAGGUUUGGGUACAAGUACAAGCAAAGAAGCAAAGGAGUACUUUGCUGACAUGGAGAGACACCGCAUCACAUUCAGAUAUGGAGGAGCAGAGGAUGACGCCGCUAUAACUCUUGCUUUUAGUAAGAAGAAGACAGAUGACAGGAAGGAGUGGCUCACUAACUUUAUGGAGGACAGACGUCAGAGGAGGAUGCACGGUCUGCCUGAGCAAUACCUAUACGGAACUCAAACCAAGCACCUGUCCUACAAUGACUUCAUCAACAAAGAGCUAAUUCUGUUUUCUAAUUCGGAUAACGAGAGAUCCAUUCCAUCCCUAGUUGACGGCUUAAAGCCAGGGCAGAGGAAGGUACUGUUCACCUGCCUUAAGAGAAACGACAAGAGGGAAGUGAAAGUAGCACAGCUGGCUGGUUCAGUGGCUGAGAUGUCUGCCUACCAUCACGGAGAGCAAGCCCUAAUGAUGACCAUCGUGAACUUGGCGCAGAACUUCGUGGGCAGUAACAAUGUGAAUAUCCUGCAGCCUCUGGGUCAGUUUGGAACUCGUAUCAACGGCGGCAAAGACGCUGCCAGCCCUCGUUACAUCUUCACCAUGCUCAGUCCUCUCGCCAAGCUGUUGUUCCCACAAGUGGACUCCAAUCUGCUCAAGUUCCUGUUCGAUGACAACCAGAAGGUGGAGCCUGAGUGGUACAUUCCCAUCAUCCCCAUGGUGCUUGUGAACGGUGCUGAGGGCAUCGGCACUGGCUGGGCGUGUAAGAUUCCAAACUACGACCCCCGAGAGAUCGUCAACAAUAUCAAUCGGAUGCUCAACCACCAGGACCCGCUGCCCAUGCUUCCAAGCUACAAAAACUUCAAAGGUGUGAUCCAUGAACUGGGUCAGAACCAGUACCUGGUCAGCGGAGAGAUAUCAGUCAUUGACAAAAACACUGUAGAGAUCACAGAACUUCCUGUUCGGACAUGGACACAGGCAUAUAAGGAGUCUGUCUUGGAGCCCAUGCUGCAGGGCACGGACAAAACACCAGCUCUGAUAAAUGAUUAUAAAGAAUACCACACAGAUGCCACUGUCAAGUUCGUGGUCCGCAUGUCUGAGGAGAAACUGGCCCAGGCCGAGUCAGUUGGCCUCCACAAAGUCUUCAAGCUGCAGUCAAGUCUCACAUGCAACUCCAUGGUGCUGUUUGAUCACAUGGGUUGUCUGAAGAGAUACGAUUCAGUCAAUGACAUCCUCAAAGAGUUCUUUGAGCUCCGUCUGCAUUACUACAAACUGAGGAAGGACUGGUUGCUAGGCAGCCUGGGUGCCGAGGCCUCCAAACUAUCCAAUCAGGCCCGCUUUGUCCUGGAGAAGAUCGAGGGAAAAAUCACAAUCGAGAACAAGUCAAAGCGUGACCUGAUCCGCAUGUUGGUCCAGAAAGGCUACGAGUCGGACCCAGUAGCUGCUUGGACAAAGGCUCAGGAGAAGGCUCAAGAAGACGACAGUGAUGGAAAUGAGAGCGACAGUUCAGUAGACUCCGGAUCCGCAUCAGGGCCGAACUUCAACUACAUCCUCAACAUGCCUCUGUGGUGCCUGACUAAAGAGAAGGUGGACGAGCUUCUCAAACAGAGGGACCAAAAGCGAGGAGAACUGAAUGACCUGCAGAAGAAAUCUUCAGAGGAUCUGUGGAAAGAGGAUUUGGCAGUGUUCAUUGAAGAACUGGAUAAUGUGGAGGCCAUGGAGCGAGAGGAGCAGAGUGCCGGAAAAGCCAUCAAACUGGUCAAGGGGAAAAUAGGUAAACCCAAAGUAAAGAAGCUGAACCUGGAGGAGACCAUGCCGUCACCUUUUGGCCGCAGGAUUGAGCCCCCAACUCAAGCAAUCAAAUCUGAUGCAGCCAAGAAGUUGACCAAAAAGAAGAAGGGUGAGUCAGACUCAGCGACAAAGAUGGAGUUUGAUGACGAUGGUUUGGGCGGCGAGGGAGGAACAGGAGAGAACCCUGCAGCCAAACCAAAGACUCCACGAGUCAAGAAAGAAAAGAAAGAACCUGGAGCUCCACGGGUGAGGAAAACACCAGGACCCAAAGCAUCCCCAGCUAAGAAGGUGAAGAAGAGGAACCCCUGGUCUGAUGACGAGUCCAAGUCUGACAGCGACCUGGAGAACAGCAAACCUAUCAUUCCCAGAGAAACCAAGUCCCAGAGGGCAUCAGCAUCCAAGCCAAAAUACACGUUUGACUUCUCUGAGGAAGAGGAGGCAGACGAGGAGGAGAACGGAGACGACGACGUGGCGUCUUCCCCUGUGAGGUCAUUCAAAGAUGACUUCACCUCCUCAGAGCCCAAGAGCCGCUUCAACGACCACAAUGACGACGAUGACGACGACGAUAACGACAACGACUCCUAUGCUCCUCCAAAAAAGACCACGCCUGCACCUGUCGUUAAAAAGAAGGAAACAACCAGCAUCUUCUCAUCUAAGUCAGCCUUCUCUGAAAAAAGCAAUGACAGUGAUGGGUCCAGGUCCGACAGUGACGACGACAGCCGACCCGUGUUCUCCACCUACUCCAGCAGCUCCGCGUUCGACAAACUGUCAUCAGCCAAGAAAGCAGCUAAGAAGCCAUCUGAUGCAACACCCAAACCCAAGAAGACACCAGCACCGAAAGCAAAGAAGCCAGAUAAAUCCAUCUGGGACUCGGACUCGGACACCGGAUCCAAGAAACCGACACCAGCUCUCAAAGGUAAAGGAAGGGGGAAGAAGAGGAAGGGCUCCGGCUCUGAGGAUGAUGAUUACAGUCCGAUGAAGAAAGCAGCAAAACCAGUCGGCAGAAAGCCUCAAAAACCUCCAUCUGAAGAUGAGGACGACGACAACAACAGCCUGAGUGUGAUGAACGCGCUGUCCCGCGACCGGCCAGGCAGAGCCAAAAAGGAAGUGAAGUACUUCGUCGAGUCAGACAACGAGGAAGAAGACGACGACGACGACAUGUUCGAUUAAAGCAAUUCUUAGGUCCCGUUCAAACACUCCCCUCGUAUGGAAGGUUCCUCCACUUCUGUGUUCCCACAGACUUUUGUACAUUUCCUGUUUCAUUUUUUUCAUUAAUGGUGAUGUUCAAUGAUUUUUAAUGUGUAGGUGUUUUACACUUUUUAUUAUUCAUAUACAGGUUUCUUUUUUUAAUGCUCAUUGAAAUGUUCUGUAUUUGUCUGAAGCAGCUUUUAGAAAUUUAGAAUGCUGUGCUUUAGCACAUUUUAAUUGUUAAAAUACUAUGUAACUUUUUGAACAUGAAGUUGAAAGUAAACAAUGAAAUGUCA